AUGAUAUCAAGAAACUAUGAAGAAAACAUUUCAUCUGCGGUGAAAGGAACUGAAGAACAGGGAUCUCAGAACCAUGGACACAGAAUAGCAGCUCACUUAACUGGAAGCCGCAAUAAGAAGAGCUCUCUAGCCACAUCAAAUUCCUCAUCCAGAAGAGGUGUUGGGCAGAAAAUAAAUACCUGGGAACCCUCAAGGAAAGACCAUUCAUUCCUCUAUAAUGUGGAGUUGAAAAAUGGGGAGUUAAUCAUACCCAGAACAGGGUUUUAUUACAUCUACUCUCAAACUUACUUUCGAUUCAGCGAACCUGAGAACGAGGAUUCAGAAUCAGAUCCGUUAGCACUAAGCAGAAACCCUAAGCAAAUGGUCCAGUAUGUUUACAAACUGACGACAUAUCCAGAGCCUAUCCUUCUCAUGAAAAGUGCAAGAACUAGCUGCUGGUCUAAAAAGGCAGAAUAUGGACUUUACUCCAUAUAUCAAGGUGGAGUAUUUCAGCUAAAAAGGGAUGAUAAGAUUUUUGUCUCUGUCAGUAACGAGGACAUAGUUGACAUGGACAAAGAAGCAAGUUUUUUUGGAGCCUUUUUGAUCAGCUAAAUGAUUAACAGAAAACCAGACUCCUAAAGGAAUCAUUUUUUAAAUUCUAUAAUCUAAGGUGGCAGAGGAGGGAGGAAGCCACU